AUGGAGGACUCAGUGCCCGAUUCUCCUGUGAACGACAGAAAAGUCGUUCCUGGUACUCCGACCAAAGAUGAUCCCGAAUAUGAGACGAUUGCCACCGUUCCUGUCACCCACCACCAUCACCACCCCCCGGCCACCCAAUCGUUGACCCCGGCCUCUCAGCGUUUCACACAACCGACCCAGCUGGUUGACAAUCCCUAUACUGCGAAGGGUAAUUCCGUUGUACAAGUCGCCGCCUCCUCCCCGCUAGGCCCUGCCUCCUCUCCCUCCCGCCCGACCCCGAACGCUGGCCGCCUCUCCAGCCUGAUGGCCCCCAGCGGCACUAUGUUUCGGCCUCCGCCUCCCGCAGGCCCGGCCAAGCGCGCGCCUGUGAUAGAUUUGGACGAUGAUGGUCCCACGUAUCGAGGCGGGUCCUCCGAUGAUGAUGCUCCGACCCUACAGAACCCCGACAUUCAACCAGCGAUGUUUUCCAAGUCCUCGCGCAACCCCGACAAGGCCCCGGGAUCGGCCAUUGAUCGCUUCAAGGAGGUUACCGCCGGCGCAAUUUACAACCCCGCGAAACGGCCUGCUGCCCAGAUGGACCCCACGCCGAAAGGGAUGGCCGUGAAGAAAAUUCGACAGGACGGCCCUUCGCGCGCCCAACCAGUCGAUGCGCAGUACUCCCUUGACUCCAUUGAGGACUACAAUAUUAGAAUCAAGGUGGCGCGAAUGCUCAAGGUUUUGCCGCAGAAGUCGGUGCAGUCCUGCGUGCAGGCUCUCAUGGCGAAGCGUGGAAAUUACGAGGAUGCCCUAGAUUACCUGGCCAACGGUGAGGGGAAGGACCCCUCGUCAGAGGAUGAACUGAAUGCGACCCGUCAGUCCAAUGCGGCCCCGGCGGCGAAACAGCAAAUCAAGGCGAGGGGAACAAUCCAGGACAAGUGGUCCGCGGCGAAUCUUCAUAGGACACUCGCAGCUCAAAAGCCGUCGCAACCGCAGGAAGAUGAGGCGAAACCGCGCAGGCGUCUAAUGCGCGGGCCCAAGACUCGGGUCUCGUCACCGAGCCCUGUGCGCUCUGAAUCUCGUCCGCCAUCUCGCCCGGAAUCUGUUACGGAGACACCCCCUAGGAAGCCGGGUCGCUUGGUGCAAGGGCGGAAACCGGAGUCUCCUCAGCGUUCGGAGUCCCCAGAAGCUUUGAUUAUCGACGAUGACUCUGAUUCUGAUGUCGAAGAAGCAGUGGGUGACGUGCAAUUCGAUCUCAAAUUGCUGAAAUUCUUCAAUACUUGCAGCGUCUUGGAUCUUGCAGAUAUUGCUGCCAUCCCCGAGGACAUUGCACAGCAUGUAGUCUCGCAUAGACCGUUCAGGUCUUUGGACGAGGUGCGCGCCGUUCCUGCUCCGGUCAAGGAAGACUCAAAACCGAAAGGGGCGCGAGGCCGCAAAACGCCCAAGCCAAUUGGCGAUAAGAUCGUGGAUAAAUGUGUUGAUAUGUGGGUGGGUUAUGAUGCCGUCGAUUCCCUCGUCGCGCGCUGCGAAGAUCUAGGAAAACCGAUUGCAGAUGCGAUGAAGAAAUGGGGGGUGGAUAUCUUCGGAAAGAAGGAUGGAGAGUUGGAGCUGGUAUCCAUCGAUCCUAGAGAGUCUCAGUCGCAUGACUCCGGUAUAGGAACCCCAGCAAGCCAGGAUGAGGACAGCGAUGGGCUUGCGCCUGGUGAUGUGACCACCACGCGCAAAGGACGCUUCAUCUCGCAGCCUUCUAUCAUGCGCGAUGACUUGAAGAUGAAGAAUUACCAGAUCGUGGGCAUCAACUGGCUCUCGCUCUUGUUUGAACACAAUCUCAGCUGUAUUUUGGCCGAUGAUAUGGGUCUGGGAAAGACCUGCCAAGUUAUUGCUUUCUUGGCUCAUCUUUACGAGAAGGGAUUCAAGGGGCCACAUCUCAUUGUUGUACCUGCGUCUACGAUUGAGAAUUGGCUGCGUGAGUUCCAAAAAUUCUGCCCGACACUUUCUGUUAUGCCUUAUUAUGCCGGUCAGGCUGAGCGUGCGGAAAUCCGGGAGACAAUCGAGGACAACAGGGACAGCAUCAACGUCGUCAUCACCACUUACACUAUUGCCAAGGGCAAGGUCGAUGCACACUUCUUACGCAACAUGGAUUUCUGUGUUUGCGUUUACGACGAGGGACACAUGCUGAAGAGCAGUACCUCGGUACUUUACGAGAAGCUGAUUCGUAUUCCGGCACGUUUCAGGCUUCUACUGACGGGUACACCCCUGCAGAACAACCUACAAGAGCUGGCUUCCCUGCUAGGAUUCAUUCUGCCUAAGGUAUUCAGAGAGCGCAAGGACGAGCUCCAUCACAUCUUCGCGAACAAGGCGAAGACUGUCGACGAGUCACACUCCGCACUGCUCUCCGCGCAGCGCAUUGAACGCGCUAAGUCGAUGCUCAAGCCCUUUGUGCUGCGACGCAAGAAGCACCAGGUUAUCGAUCUGCCUGCUAAAAACUCACACGUCGAGUACUGCGAACUGAACGACGCGCAAAGGAAGAUUUACGAGCAUGAGCAGGAGGAGGUGCGGAAACUGCUUGCCGACCGCGCCGCAGGCAAGAGAACUGGCAACAAAUCCGCCAACAUCCUCAUGAAGCUCCGCCAAGCAGCCAUCCACCCCUUACUGUACAGACGCCACUACAACGACUCGAUCCUCAGCCGCAUGGCCAAAGCCUGCCUGAAAGAAGAGCAGUUUUCCCAAUCCAAUCCCGACAUCAUCUUCGAAGAACUCCAAGCCUACAACGACUACGAAUGCCACUCGAUGUGUGUCAAAUACCCGGCCCUCAGCCGAUUCGCUCUCAAAAACGACGAAUGGAUGGACUCGGGCAAGGUGGCCAAACUUUGCGAGCUCCUCCGCCGCUUCCAGGAGAAGGGCGACCGGACACUAGUCUUCUCGCAAUUUACUAUGGUGAUGGACAUCCUCGAGAAUGUGCUAGAGCACGAACAGCUCGGCUUUGUGCGUCUCGACGGCCGCACCAAUGUUGAAGACCGGCAGUCUAUUCUGGACGCUUUCCACGAGCGAACCGACAUCCCCGUCUUUCUGCUGUCGACCAAGGCCGGCGGCGCGGGCAUCAACCUGGCGUGUGCCAACAAGGUCAUCAUCUUCGACUCCAGCUUCAACCCUCAGGAAGACGUGCAGGCCGAAAACCGCGCUCACCGGGUGGGCCAGACUCGCGAGGUCGAGGUCAUCCGCCUGGUCACCAAGGACACGAUCGAGGAGCAGAUCUACGCGCUCGGCCAGACGAAGUUGGCACUCGACCAGGCCGUGGCCGGGGAGGAUGCGGCUGAAUCCAAGAAGGCGGAGGACGCAGGCAUGAAGGCUGUGGAGAACAUGGUUCUUGCGGACAUGGAGCAGAAGCAUUGA